ACACUCUCGUUCGCUGACAGCCCUUGCAUUUCUUCCCCCUCGUCCCCAUCUCUCUCUUUUUCCUCUCUUUUUAGCGGAUAAUAUCUCAAACCCAUCUGCAAAAAUCAACCAAAAUGGCAGAUCAGCUGACUGAUGAUCAGAUCUCUGAGUUCAAGGAAGCCUUCAGCCUCUUUGACAAGGACGGAGAUGGUUGCAUUACCACCAAGGAGCUGGGGACAGUUAUGAGGUCAUUGGGACAAAACCCAACCGAGGCUGAGCUCCAGGAUAUGAUCAAUGAAGUUGAUGCUGAUGGAAAUGGUACCAUUGACUUUCCAGAGUUCCUCAACCUGAUGGCUCGCAAGAUGAAGGACACCGAUUCUGAGGAGGAGCUCAAGGAAGCAUUCCGUGUCUUUGACAAGGACCAAAACGGUUUCAUAUCUGCAGCUGAGCUUCGUCAUGUUAUGACAAAUCUAGGUGAGAAACUUACAGAUGAGGAGGUUGACGAGAUGAUCCGCGAAGCUGAUGUGGAUGGUGAUGGCCAGAUCAACUACGAGGAGUUUGUCAAGGUCAUGAUGGCCAAGUGAGAACUGAUCAACCCAUAACUACAAUCUUUAAGCAGUUAAAAAAGACCCCCAAAAAAGGCAAAACAGUUUAAUUUCUACUGCUGGUUAGGACGCGCUCAUUUGGUACUAUUUAUUAGCUUUCAUUGGCGGUGCGUGCUUGUUUUCCUGUUUGCAUUGUUUUGUAGUGUUGUUCUUCGGUAUAUGCUUGUUGCUCUUGUCCCCUGAUUUAGUCGUUUGGGUUGUCAGUAAUCCUGGUAUUUUCUUUCCACAUUUAGGAUUAUGAACCUAGAACAAUUGGGGAAAUUCGAUUUCUUUGCGUACAAGUGACAAAUUUUUGUUGAUAUUUGAUGGUUUAUGUAUUCUAGUUACACGUCUUCUUUUUA